AUGGCCGUGAUUUCAAAAGAACCGACUCCACCGGGCAAGCCUUCGGAUCUUGAUGUGAGGGUCCGCAGUGACAAGAGCUUGGAGAUUCGUUGGGCAGGGGGAGAUGGAGAAUGCAAUGACUACGAGUUGGAGAUUCGCUACUUUCGACUUGGUGGGGCGAUGAUUAAACCUGAUCACUCGACUGUGAAGGAAGUGAAAGGUCUUGCAACACAUGAGCUCCAUCCGGAGAAUCUUCCAAAAGACCUAGCUUGGGUGGUGAAAGUUGGGUUGAAGGCCAAGUCGGAGAAUUCGUUCAGUGAAGCCAUCAUGAAGCAGGUCAGUUGGGACGAUGAAUUGGCCGACACAGAGAAAGACUUGAAGGAAAAUAUUGCUGGCCUGAACGAGGAAUUUCAAUCCUUUAUCGAGGCAAAAGAGUCGGGGUGGCGACAAUCUCUUCCAGCCUUCCUGCGGUUCAAACCGAGAUUUCUACUGUUGGGAGGUCAGCAUCAUGGCAAGUCCUCUUUUGCCAACCAUUUGUAUCGCUGCUUAAAAAGUGAUUUGAGUCUCAAUGACCAGAUGGAUGUGGCAUCAGCUGGAGCAGAAGAAAAGACAGUGGAAACAAAGAGCCUCAGCCUGCCACUAAAUGGCAGAGAUGUGCAGAAGAGCUUCAGGUCCUUUGACUUGAUUACAUCUUGCUCAGUGCCACCAGAUGAAGACCAAUGCGCUAGAAACACCUGUGAAUGGUUUGACAACUUUGAGAGACGCGACUUCGGCCUGAGAUCCAGGCCAGCCCUAGCAGAGGCCGCGGAAGAUCUUCAUGUACUUUUCUUGUCUUCAAAUGAGUGGGGAAAGCAUGCUCUGAAACCAGGAACCUUGCAGCUUGAUGGCUUCCUGUUCUUUCUGAAGGCAGGCUUGUUUUUGCAGAAGAGCAAAGAGGCCUUGUGGAGCUACGAGCGGCACUUGAAGAAGAAGGGAGACGGGCCGGUGGAGCUGUUUCAGUUCUCAGAGCAGGAAGAUCUGAAUGUCAAGUUGCUGGCUGACAAGCUGAAGGGAAGUUCCAGCUCUGCGCAAGUGUCAGUUCUUCUGAUGCUGACUGGGUCAUCCAGUUAUUUGUGGCUGGUCUGGGAGCACCAUCCCAAAAAUGUGGAACUUUGCACCAUGCUGAAGCGAUUUCCCAGGAAACUCAACUUUGUGAUUUGUCCCACUUCGAGAGCCACUCGAGAUGAAUGGGAAGCGCAGAGCUCACAGGCUCCGGGCAUCUUUGGCGAUUUUUGGGACAACAAUGUCUCCGUGUGGGAUGGCUUUGACCGUGAUGUUGCCUCAAAAAACCAGAUUUGCAGCUUGAUUUGCACAGAGGGCAAGAGCAAGAAGGAUGUUGGUGAGAAGCCGUCCGCAAGAAAUAGGUUCUCGCUGGGUUUGCCGCUGGUGCUUGGCAUUUGUGCACUGGGGCUGUGGUGUAUAACCCAUCUUCAAGGAAAGCUCGCCGCAGCAUAUGCAGAGAACGAGAAGCUUCAAAAAGAUCUUGAGGCAACACUAGCUGAGAAGGAGAAGCUAGAGAGCCUCGAGAGAACACGAACUGAGAAGGAUAAAUUUCAAAGAAACCUUGAUCCCAGCAUAUCGGAACGUGAGGAUUUCUCCGCUGACUACUCCAAAACACCUGAGAAGUGCAGGACUAGUAGAACGAACAAGCUCACGCUUUCAAAAUCAGCUCCGCCAAAGCCUAUGGAUUUGUCUGUGGUGGUGCAUGGCGACAAGAGCUUGGAGAUUCGUUGGGCAAGGGGAGAUGGAGAAGGCAAUGACUACGAGUUGGAGCUUCGCUACUUUCGACUUGGUGGGUUGAUGAUGGAACCUGAUCACCCGACUGUGAAGGAAGUGAAAGGUUGUGCAGUGCACGUGCCCCAUCCAGAGAACCUGUCCAAAGGCUUCGGUUGGGUCGUGAAGAUUGCCUUGCAGGCCAAGUCAGAUGGUUUGUUGAGCGAGAAAAUCACGCAGCAGGUCAGUUGGGACGAUGAAUUGGCCGACACAGAGAAAGACCUGGAGGAAAAGAUGCCUAAGUUGAAGAGUGAACUUGAAGGUUUCGUUGCUGUCAGAGGCAAACCGAGAUUUCUACUGUUGGGAGGUCAGCAUCAUGGCAAGUCCUCUUUUGCCAACCAUUUGUAUCGCUGCUUCAACUGUGAUUUGAGUCUCAAUGACCAGAUGGAUGUGGCAUCAGCUGGAGCAGAAGAAAAGACAGUGGAAACGAAGAGCCUCAGCGUGCCUGUGCUAGCGGAAGGCCAGUGGAGUCUACCGUGCUUUGACAUCGUGAGCGGGAGCAAAGAGGCCUUGUGGAGCUACGAGCGACACUUGAAGCAGAAGGGAGACGGGCCGGUGGAGCUGUUUCUGUUCUCAGAGCAGGAAGAUCUGAAUGUCAAAGUGCUGGCUGACAAGCUGAAUGGAAGUUCGAGCUGUGCGCAAGUGUCAGUUCUUCUGAUGCUGACUGGGUCAUCCAGUUAUUUGUGGCUGGACCGGGAGCACCAUCCCAAAAAUGUGGAACUUUGCACCAUGCUGAAGCGAUUUCCCAGGAAACUCAACUUUGUGAUUUGUCCCACUUCGAGAGCCACUCGAGAUGAAUGGGAAGCGCAGAGCUCACAGGCUCUGGGCAUCUUUGGCGAUUUUUGGGACAACAAUGUCUCCGUGUGGGAUGGCUUUGACCGUGAUGUUGCCUCAAAAAACCAGAUUUGCAGCUUGAUUUGCACAGAGGGCAAGAGCAAGAAGGACGUUGGUGAGAAGCCGUCCGCAAGAAGUUUGCCGCUGGUGCUUGGCAUUUGUGCACUGGGGCUGUUGUAUACAGCCCAUCUUCACAUGACCCUAGAAGCAGAAAGGGGUGAGUUGGAGAAGCUUCAAGGAAAGCUCGCCGCAACAUAUGCAGAGAAGGAGAAGCUUGAAGAGAGCCUCAAAACAACACAAGCGGAGACGGAUAAUUUUCAAAACGAUCUCAAGACUGGGAAGUGCUCAUGUUUAGACCCUGGUAAAGCAAGGAGCUCGGCCUUUUUCCAAUACUUCACCGAUAUUUUCCAUGUUGGUUUGAGUCCAGAAUUCAUGCAACAAUGGAACAAAUGAAUAGCCAUGAUGGUGUC